AUGCUUCAUGAGUCUGAUGCUCAGUCGAAGGGAACACAAGAGCUCGAGUCAUUCAAAUUGAGACAAUGAAGAUUUUUUUCAAAGUAUUGAUUUGUCUUUGGGGUGUUGGUGCAAUUAGUGCUGAUAAAUGUAUCGUAUCGGUGUCUUAUUUACCGGUUAAAGUCGAGUUCACGUGCGUUGGAUUAUCGACAUUGAACGAAAAGCUUAACAGCGCUUACAAAAAUACGACUGUCAUCACUAUUCAGGACUCAAACCUGAUGAUUAUUCCGAGUAAUCUUUUCUCGUCGUUUGGAAUUACCCUCAAAACACUGGAUAUUCACGAAUCUGGAGUUCGUAGUGUCGACACUAAUGCAUUCUGGGGUCUUGUUUACUUGGAAAAAUUGAGUCUCUGGGGAAAUAAAUUGACGACUAUACCCGCUGACUGGUUCACUCAUCUACCUAAUCUGAGAGUUCUGGAUUUAUCAUUCAAUAAUAUUGAUACAAUUGAUUACAAAGUUUAUUACACGCUGCCGAAUCUGAAUGAACUCAAUAUUGGUUACAACAAGCUGAAGGGCAUCGAUUACAAUCUCUUCCCAGUGAUGACACAGCUAAGAAAGGUUGAGUUUGGGAAUAAUCCGUUGGAUUGGUCGUACCGAGUACUGUUAACAUGGCAGCUUGAUAAUCAAAGAAUCGAUUAUCGUGGCAUGUGGGAUGAUUGGGGAUGGAUGAGCAGUGCAAUUCAAGAAUGUCAGAACAACGGAUAUGCAACAGUUCCAGAUGUCAAGUUAUUAUACUGUAGCUUCAAGAGAUUGGUCGGUUUUUUGAACAAAAAUCUAUCAUCAGGUGUUCAAAGCCCGUCAUUGUUGAAUCGUGAUAAUCUGUCGGUGCAAGCUUUCACAAAUUUGAAUCAGUGUGUCAAAUCGAAGGUCAAGGUGGAUGGCGAUCUCCUGUCUCUAAAAUUAUUAGAGACUUUGUUACCUGAACUACGACUGAUUGAAAAUCCAACGGCAAUAUUCCAUCGUCCGUAAUUGCAGCAGUUUUUUUUUGUGAAAAUACUUCUUCGUAAUUUUACUUCCAAUUUUUCAAAUUUUUACUUCCAAAAUUUUUCCAAUUGUGGAAAAAUUAUCGUCUUUUUAAUUUUAUAUCGUUCGUUUAUUGAACUAAGAUUUUUGUGUGAUCAUUUAUCCGUAACAAUGAAGAUAUAUAUUAAUUAAUAUUUAUUAAUUGAUAUCUGUUAAUUACCCCAGUGGAAAUUUCGAUCAGGUUCAGAGUAGGAUUUGAUCAGGUCAGCCCUGAUGAUUGAUCAUGAUCUGAUAUGGUAACUGGAUCAAAUUCUGAUCAGUCAUGUAACGGCGUUUUUGAUCAGGUCAAACAGUUCAGGAUUCGAUCAAGUCGACAUUAUUUAAACCGGAUGAUGCGAAUAAACAAUAAUUAUCAACUGAAAA